CAUGAGAAGCAGAUGAGCUUGAAAAGUAGUCCAGACAGUUAGGGCUCUCUCUGCAACAAAACAAAGAUGACGGCAGUCGGAGUAUCUCACAACCUUUUCUUCUUCCCUCUCCCGCCAUUCCUUCCAUCGCCGCCGAAUCUUUGCUUUCAGGGGCACCAAUUCUCCAAUAUUUCUGCUUUCGCCCCAACACUUGCCUUAAUUACGAAUCACUCCCGCAGCAAACCAAUUGGCAGUUGGCGUUGCAGAAGCAAGCAAAAUGAGCCAAGAGAGAUGGCAUUCUUCGACGAAAACGGCGCCGUCAAGGACAUGGAUGCCUAUCUCGACAAUCUCUCCCUAGAAUAUGACUCCGUUUGGGACACCAAGCCCUCAUGGUGCCAGCCAUGGACAAUAGCAUUGACUGGUAUAGUAGCAAUUGCAGCAAGCUGGCUCAUUUUGCACUCUCUUACUCUCACUGCAGUGGUUGUGGCUUUAAUAUCUGCAUGGUGGUACAUCUUCCUCUACUCCUACCCUAAGGCUUAUUCAGAGAUGAUCGCCGAGCGCCGAGAGAGAGUAACAAAUGGCCUUGAAGAUACAUAUGGAGAGGAGAAGAGUCAGUGACCUCCCAGUUGUGGCAGCACAAGGGAAAAAAGAAUGUCAUCAACUUCUGUAAGUACUAAUCAAUAGGAAAGUGGAGAGAUGACAUAUCAUAAUGACAGAAAGUAUGAUUUUUUUUUAUUUUUUUUUUUUCUUUCAAACAUUGGCUGUACAAAGUUCUGAACAAUCCUACUAAUCGACGGGAAAUUAAACUCUAA